UAAAACCAGUUCUUCCACAUGGAUUUAUGUGUAAUUAUACCUCGGCUUAUAUCUUUCGUUGUCUGUCACUACCUAAAUCAUUCUAGCAUUUUCCCAGGGUGAGGAAAGACGUUCUUCUACAGCGCAUCAUGGACGUGGACCAGAUAUUUCCUGAGUUGGACAUGAGCGGUGACGGUACAAUCGACUCGUCUGAGAUCUACACCUUCUUACUGAUGUGGGGCAUCAAAAAACCAUCCAAGAGAUUUGUGGAGCGAGUGAAAAAUAAGUGUGACGCCAAUAACGACGGGAAGCUGACAAAGGAGGAAGCAGCCAACAUCGGGAAGGUCAUUCAAGAGAUUGAAGAUCUCCUGAGCAUCUUUGACGAAAAUGACGAGGAUGGAGAUCUCAAGAUGUCAUUUGAGGAGAUGCGAAAGAAGGCCGCUACCUUUUACACCACCCAUGCCGACAAGUAUGGCGGGGGGAAGGCCAUGGACAUGCUGAACCACUGGGCCGGGGACAAAGACAAGGAGAUGACCAUGGGCGAAUUCCUGGAUAUCAUGUUUGAAGAUAGGCUCUAAACAUGAGACCAACUUGGCUCCAUGGAGAGGCUUGUAACCCUCACAUGUUGAGAAGAUAACACUAUACGAAAAGUGGGAAUUACGUUUGAUUAACCUUGUCCUGCAGGGCCUAUAUAUAUGUAUACUAGUAUUCCACAUCCAGUACCAUCCAUAUGACGCCUUGUAUAUCUAAAAUUUGGGGAUAUUCCUUGUACAACCCAUCACAAGGCAGCAAAACGCAACGAAUGCUGAAGUAACUACGCCACACAGGGCAAAAAAAGACAUGUGUCUUUGGCCUGAUUUAGACUUGAAAUUAUUGAAAAGUGCCAGCAGGACAAGGGUUUUAAUCUUAAUUACGACAAACGCUAGGUAAGUCUAGUAAAAGUUGCUUCUGACUUAGAUAUUCAGGACUCACACUACAAUUAAUGAUUAAUUCACACGAGAAAGCUUUUCUUUCGACAAGUAUUACUUAAAGCGACUAUGAUCAAACUUAGGUGGCAUACAUUGUCAUUUAAUUUGGUAAAUCCCACUUUUCAUUCAGUGCAAGAAACUGCAGAGGCAAGCAUGUCAGAAGGAUUAGCCAUAACUUCCAUUCCUGUGAAACUACAUCAGCUGUAAAACUUUAACCACAACACAUAAUUGCAAUUAGCAUGUAUCUUUCGUAACCAUCAAUGCUUUAGUCAUUGCAUCAAAGAAGUUACCGGAUUUACAUUUUGUUAUGGAUUCAUUCUGAAUCAAUGAUUUGCCGAUGAUGGAAAACAAA